AUGAAGGUUUUGGAAGGAGGUCCUUGGUUGAUAAGAAAAGUCCCGAUUUUUCUGAGUGUAUGGUCACCAAAGGUUAGCUUGAAAAAGGAUGGUGUGAAAGCUAUUCCACUAUGGGUUAAAUUGCAUAAUGUGCCGAUCUCGGUGUACACGGAUGACGGACUAAGUUUGUUGGCUUCCAAAUUGGGCAUCCCGAAAAGGCUUGACUCAUAUACAGCUGAUAUGUGUGUAGAAAAUUGGGGCAGGAGCAGCUAUGCUCGUGCAAUGAUUGAGGUGAAUGCGGGUGAUGAGCUUAAGGACCACAUUACAAUAGCUAUUCCUAAGAUGGAUGAGGAGGGAUACAUUAUGGAACGAGUUAAAGUUGAGUAUGAGUGGAAGCCGUUACACUGCCCCACAUGUUGUUUAUUUGGCCAUGACCAUUCUUCGUGUAGCAAAGUUAUCAAGGACAAGGCAAAGCAGGUUGUGGUAGAUGAGGAAGGGUUCGUAACUGACCGACGACGAAUGGCUAAACAAGGUUUCCCACAAAAGAAGCAAAAAACUAAAUUUAUAUAUAAACCAAAGGGUAACAAAGAUGCUCCCAGUACAUCUGGAACAAAGACGGAUGGCUGCCCUAAUUCCGGACAUCCAACUGUUAAAGUGUCUAACCUGUUUCAGGUCCUAGAUAGCGAUAAGGAUGAUGAAAAUCCAGGUGCUGGUAAUGGUUCGGCUGAAGUAGAUGGUGGCACUUAG